AUGAUGAAGCCGCUCCGGGAGAUACGUCCCCGCCCGAAGCCGCUCGAGGAUGCCGCCGCCGGCCCCCUGAAUGCGAGCCGGGUCGCCCGACGUUCGACACGCCCACGCAAAACCCCCAGCGCGUGCGAUCCCUGUCGGAGGCGGAAGAUCAAGUGCGAUGGUGCCCUUCCGAGAUGCCUCAUGUGCGUCACGCGGCACGAGAGCUGCACAUACACGUACAGCAUCCGCCACACCGUGACUGUGGCCGAAGGUGAAGAGGUCCCGGAGCACGGUUCUCUCAAUGAUGUGCUCGAAUCAUUGAAGACAAUGCCGUUUGAUGAAGCAUUGGACUGGCUGCGAAAGCUGCGACAAGGGGCUGGAAACUCGCCAUCUCCGACCGCGCCUCCGUCCGAGGUGGAGUUGUUGAGAGGCAUGCUUCCGCCGACCCCAAAUAUUCUUGAGUCUGAGUUGUCCAUGCGGCAUCAUGUUGCAUACCCGGCGUUACCCCCAAUUUCUUUCACUCCGGCGCUGGGAAACUUGCUCAGACCGUUGGCUGUGCAUCAGCAUCAGCCUCUUAGGCAGGAGAUAUCACCGCCUAGGCAAUAUCCUCCGAUUACUGAUAGUGAAAGCAGCGUCUCGGGUGAGGAGAUGUUUACCCCGGCCUCAGCCCCUACAGAGUUUGGCGACGAGUAUACAUCGGAACCAUUGUUUGAUGAGCGACUUGGAAAGGUCGACAUUUCUCUCUGGACCACAGUCUCAAUACCAAACGACCUCGCAGUUUGCGUGUUGUCUCAUUAUUUCGAAGUUGAUCAUCCUGUCUUUCCACUUUUCGACCAGGAUUUGUUCGUGAAUGAUCUUGUCGAAAACAGGAAACACCUUUGCUCCUCUUUUCUCAUCAACUCCUUGCUGUGUUGGGCAUGCAAAUCCUACACACCCAUCAGCCCCGAGCCUGCAAAGUGGUCUCUUAGACUCUUCAUACAAGCCCAGAAAGACCUCACCAGCCAACAAUCGCAGAACACAUUGACAGCAGUCUCUGGGUUACAGCUACUCGGUAUUAGCGCCGUCACUUACGGAAAGAACGAUCUGAGUCUGCAAUUCACACGAAAGAGUGUCGAACUCAGACGGUCAAUGGGACUGUUCGACGUCAAGGAAGAGGAGCAUUCGGCCAUGCAAUGGCUGCGAGGUCAUGAUGUCUGGACGCGGGCCGCAUCAUGCACGGCUUGGGGGGUUUUCAAUGGGGUCUCGCUGCUGUCUUUACAUUAUCACACAUGUGAAAUUGGAACGCCCCCCUUUCUUCCGAACCCACGAGACCUGCUGGCGGCUGGACCGCUCGAGGGCCUCUACGCAAAUGCCGCUCAUUCGCUCCUAGUAUUCAACGCUUCCAGCCUUUUAUGGACCAUCUGCCAAGAUAUACUGAGUGCUUAUUAUGGCUCGAAGAAAAGCCUACCACGUGGACAAGGCCGGCUGGACUUUGCGGAGGGGAUCUAUCUCAGACUUCUUCAAUGGGCCAAUAACUUGCCUCCUAAGCUUGUGAGGAAUCAAGACAGCACCCACGACGUUAUGAUGAUGCACAUCUACUUCCACGCAAUUGUGACGGACCUUUUCCGACCAUUCUUGACACCGCCUGCUGGCAAUCUUCGACUCAAUUUGUUUUCCAGCCAGCACGCUACCCCAAAAGCGGUGUAUGCUGCUUCAGUAAAUCAACUCAAACGACUUUGUCUCCUAUUCUGGCUUCGCUACAAGAAAGCCAGAUUCUCAGGCUUAUGGCAAACUGCCGUGAUAUACGUAGCAAACGCCAUGAUGCAAGAGGCGACCCAGUCAAACAUCCAGAAUGAGCGACCUGGAAGAGAGUGGCGCUUCUAUUUAGACCUGUGUCUAGCAGGGCUUACCGACCUUUGCGUGUCGUUCUCCACAUCCGGUGCAAUAUCCCGGGCGGUGGUGGGUAUGGCGCUUCAAAACGGAACUCUGAAGCCAGCAGAAGCAAAUCGCGUAUUGAUCGAGUUAAGACGGCUGGAGAUGCCACACGAAGAGGCUCGGUUAAAGUUGAAUGGAAAUACUGAAGCAACCUGGGUUGUUGACCUCGAUCUAGCCUUGACCGACAUCGAGGCUGCGCGAGGUCAGAGUUUAGUCCAGCGGUUCGAAAAGAUGAUGCUUCCUAGCGAGGUUCCAUACGAUGAUGCAGGACAUAAUGUAGAUCUCACAACCGAAAUGUCCAGUUGA